UAGGCAGAAACGCUCGCAUCUUCGCAAUGGCUGGCAUCAGAGAAAUCCUCUCUACGAGCUUCGUGAUCUUCUUGUUUGUAACCCAAGGAUACUGUGGAGAUUGCCCCCCUGAUUGCUGGGAUGGAGGAGACUUGUAUCCCAAUCUUCAAGACUGCUCCAAGUUCUACCAGUGCGCCCAUGGCACUCCUUAUCUCAUGAGCUGUCCUGCAGGCUUGCACUACUCACUUUCCUUGGAGAGAUGCGACUACCCAGAAGAAGCCAACUGUACCGCUGACCCAUCUUACGACUGCGGUGAAACGACUCCCACUACACGAGCCCCAGACAGUCAAACUUCUAGUGACCCAGCAGCGUCCGAAGCUCCANCACCGGAGCUGUCAAUAUCCCCCAUGCUGCCUCAAACACGUCUCUUGGCGCCUUCUUAUUCCAAGUCUCUUGUCACCGGAGCUGCCAAUAUCCCCCAUGCUGCCUCAAACACGUCUCUUGGCGCCCGCAAGUCUUAUUCCAAGUCUUCCGUCACCGGAGCUGUUAAUAUCCCCCUUGCUGCCUCCGACACGUCUCUUGGCGCCUGCAAGUCUUAUUCCAAGUCUCUUGUCACCGGAGCUGCCAAUAUCCCCCUUGCUGCCUCCGACACGUCUAUUGGCGCCCGUAAGUCUUAUCCGAAAGUACAUGGCGUUUGUUCUUUCGAAACCCGUGAUGAAGAUAAGCUUAAAAAGAACCAGCAUGCCGACAAGAAAAAGAGAAAAUUAAAGGACAUCUUCAUAGAGCUUUUUGGGGAAGACAGCGAUGAGGAAGAAGGAAAAUCGAAACGGCCCAGGAAAGAUGCCCAUGUCCUUCCAGCUGCCGCCCACACGUCUCUGGGGGCCUGGAAGGCCUGUUCUACUGUCAAAGCAAAUGGUUCUUCCAAAUUUCUUGAUAAAGAAGUAUUGAAAGAGAACGAACAUACCAAAAAGAAAAAAAGGAAUUUGAAGAACAUCUUCAAGGAGCUUUUUGGGGAAGAUAGUGACGAGGAAGAAAUGUUCCAACGCCCCAGCAGGAUGGAUACCAAUAUUGCCAUUUCUCACGGCACGUCCCUGGGUCCUUGCAUGUCCCAUUCUGCAGUCAAGACCGAUCGUUCUUCUGACUCCACUGAUGGAGAACUUAAAAAGAUGCUGCAUAUGUCAGGCGAUUUACUUCAUACGCCACCACCCAUGUCGUCAGUACUGCUCCACGGCGCUCUAGGCAGAAACGCUCGCAUCUUCGCAAUGGCUGGCAUCAGAGAAAUCCUCUCUACGAGCUUCGUGAUCUUCUUGUUUGUAACCCAAGGAUACUGUGGAGAUUGCCCCCCUGAUUGCUGGGAUGGAGGAGACUUGUAUCCCAAUCUUCAAGACUGCUCCAAGUUCUACCAGUGCGCCCAUGGCACUCCUUAUCUCAUGAGCUGUCCUGCAGGCUUGCACUACUCACUUUCCUUGGAGAGAUGCGACUACCCAGAAGAAGCCAACUGUACCGCUGACCCAUCUUACGACUGCGGUGAAACGACUCCCACUACACGAGCCCCAGACAGUCAAACUUCUAGUGACCCAGCAGCGUCCGAAGCUCCAGUAAUACCAUUGGAUGACCAAUUAUUAGACUCAGGUGACUGCAUUCCUCCGUGUCCGUCACCAGAGGCGCUGUACCCCCACCCCCACGACUGUACCAAGUACUUCCAUUGCGCUAACAGUGUUCCUUAUCUGAAAUCAUGUCCCCAUGGUCAAGAAUAUUGGGGUGACAUGGAACGAUGUGACUGGCCUGAGUACGCUCAAUGUGUGGCCAGCCCUGAGGCUCCAUGUGAUGCCAUUACUGCUCCGCCCAGGCCCACAGUCUCCAGCUGCAAGCCCAGCUGCCCUUGGCCUUACGCCUACAUGCCCCACCCCCAGGACUGUACCAAGUUCUACGUUUGCGAUGGACAAUCCAACGCCUUCGAGUCUUCAUGUCAAGCUGGGCUGUUCUACAGCAUGGACACAUUGCGCUGUGACUACCCGGAGGUUGCCCUCUGCACCGCUGGACCUCAGCAUGGGUGUGAUGAGCUCUUGACGCCAUAGUCGUGCGCACACCAUGGAAUUUCGAUUGUGUUCCUUACAUGAAUUAAUUUACUAAAUGUAAUAGUACUGAAAAUUUUUAUUUGUUAGCUGAAUUAAUUUCGAGUUGUCCCAUUCGGAAUUAAAAAGUUUCAUAAGCUCU